GGGGAGUUAGUUCAAUGAUAAGAGCUUCUGCCCCGCCGAUUACUCGAUCUUAUCGCUUCAUCCGCAAUUUCUCCCCCCACCUCAUUCUUCUCUAUCUACUUUGCUCCCUUCUAUCUUCUAUAUUAUUCUACUCUACUCUACUUAGUCCCUUCUCCUUCCUAUCACCCUCUAUCUCCUCAUCUACCAGCAACCAUCCAUUCAGAUCAAUUCACCCAUUUUCCCUACAUACAAACCCCAUCACCAUCACAACACCAUCCCCAGACCUGCUUUCCACCUCCAUCAAAACCGGGUCCCUCCCCAAUUCCAACCCCACCAGAACCACCCACUCACUUCCACCGGGUCGGAGCUCUCCGACACCCCUCGUCGCCCUCUUCCGACCACCACAACUACAAUCCUUUUAUGUAACAGCCGAAGAGGGGGGGGAGGGAAAUCCAACAUCAAGUCAAUUCCAAUCCAAUUCACCCGGAUAGUCCUCGUCUCUACGCAUAUGACUCACACCUCUACCACCACUACAUAUCCGAUCGGAGAAAUAAGCGGGAGUGACAGCAAAGCGAAAGCGAGCAAUAACCCAACUGGGGCAUAAGUAACUGGGGAAUUAACGGAGCCGGCUCGCUCGGCUCUCGGACACCGCCUCCCCCCCUUCCUUUCUAACUCGCAUGUGCAAUGGAAUCAAUGGAACAAUAGGCAUGCAAUAUUUAGAGUUGAUUCUGCUGUCGCGUGCCCAAUGUACGACCUGAGUUGGUGAUGAUUGUACUCCCUUCGGUGCUUGGGUUGGGUUUGGUUUCCCCUGGGACCCGUACGAGUGGGUGUGCUGGACUGGAACGGCACGUUACCGUUGCAAUGGGGCUAGCUUGUUCAAUUGGGUUGGGUUACAUGCUUGACGUCGAGGGGAAGGAGUGCUAAUUUGGUGCUACUGCGGCUAGACUAGAUGGCGUGCAUUGGGUGCGUGAACGUGUUCCCUUCGAGAUCUGAGUACGUACAGGGCUGGUCAAGGAAUAAUGGGCACUAAGAGGCCCGACAGCAGAGGAGAAAAACAACAACGAAUUAGACAGAGAGAGAGAGAGGAAAUAACAUUUAGAUGCAAGUGUCCAGCAGGCUAAAAAGAAAGAUGAAGAACAAGAACAAGAACAAGAAUGAGA